AUGAUCCGGCAAGAGCUCUCCACAUCCUACCAGGAGCUGAGUGAGGAGUUGGAUCAGGUGGUUGAGAAUUCAGAACGGGCCGACUUGCAGGAAAAGGAGGCAGUCAGAGUCCAGGGUUCCGGAAUCUUACCAGCCCUCGACAGCGAGUCUGCCUCCAGCAGCAUCCGCUUCAGCAAGGCCUGCCUGAAGAACGUCUUCUCGGUGCUGCUCAUCUUCAUCUACCUGCUGCUCAUGGCCGUGGCCGUCUUCCUGGUCUACCAGACCAUCACAGACUUCCGCGAGAAGCUCAAGCACCCCGUCAUGUCCGUGUCUUACAAGGAAGUGGAUCUCUACGACGCCCCAGGGAUCGCCCUGUACCCCGGCCAGGCCCAGCUGCUCAGCUGUAAGCACCAUUACGAGGUCAUCCCGCCGCUGAGGAGCCCGGGCCGGCCUGGAGACGUGAACUGCACCACCCAGAGGAUCAACUACACCGACCCGUUCUCCAACCAGACCCUGAAAUCCGCCCUGAUCGUGCGGGGGCCGCGGGAAGUGAAGAAGCGGGAGCUGGUCUUCCUCCAGUUCCGCCUGAACCAGAGCAGCGAGGACUUCAGCGCCAUCGACUACCUGCUCUUCUCCUCCUUCCAGGAGUUCCUGCACAGCCCAGACAAGGUGGGCUUCAUGCAGGCCUGUGAGAGCGCCUCCUCCAGCUGGAAGUUCUCCGGGGGCUUCCGGACCUGGGUCAAGAUGUCCCUGGUGGAGACCAAGGAGGAAGACGGCCGGGAAGCAGUGGAGUUCCGGCAGGAGACGAGUGUGGUCAACUACAUUGACCAGAGGCCGGCCGCCGAGAAAAGCGCCCAGCUGUUUUUUGUGGUCUUUGAAUGGAAAGAUCCCUUCAUCCAGAAAGUGCAAGAUAUAAUCACAGCCAAUCCUUGGAACACAAUUGCUCUUCUCUGUGGGGCCUUCUUGGCAUUAUUUAAAGCAGCAGAGUUUGCCAAACUGAGUGUCAAGUGGAUGAUCAAAAUUAGGAAGAGAUAUCUUAAAAAGAGAGGUCAGGCAACGAACCACAUAAGCUGA